GGUAAAUCGAAACGAAGAGGAGGCGAUUUGAAUCGACUUCCAAGUUACAAUAGGGUCUGUGAGGAGGCGAUUUGAAUGAGUGUAAUGGAUGAUAUAACAUUCAGUGUGUACCACAGUGGAAAUUGGGUGAUUAGUGAAGAAGGUGAUGAUGCUUAUGUUGAUGGUGAGGUCCAUGUUAUUGAGUGUAAACCCGAAGAUUUUUUUAAAACAUUGAGGACUGAAUUGGCUGAGGCAUCGUAUAGGAAGAAGGUGUGGUAUGCUUUUCCUUUUGAAGAAAACAAGGAGCGAAAGGAAGUGUGCAAAAUGGAUCAUAGUUUCAAGAAGAUGUGUGAAGGGGCUCGUUGGGUUUGGGUUAUUAAUGUUUUUCUCAUUGCAACAGAGGCUUCUGAAGAAGAUGAGGAGAUUGAUGGUGAUAUCUGUGAGGAAGAACAGCGGAUUGAAAGAUCUGUGGCUGACCAGCUUGAAGAAGAUGAUGAGGAGGAGUUUGACUAUCAUAAUACUCCUCCUAAUUCUGAUGGUGAAGAUGAUGAGGAAACAUACGUGAGAUGCAAAGCUGGAAGUGGUGAGCUGAAGAUGGAUCAAGUGUUUGACAGCAUAGAAGAGUUUAAAGAGGCUUUGGUGGAUUAUUCUUUGAAGAAUGGUAGUAAUAUUAAGUUAACACGGUGGGGGAGAGAGAAGUGUAGCGCAGAAUGUGGAGUAGAAAACCUAAGCCAAAGAGGAAGAAAGGAAAAAAUGAAUCACCAACAAAGAAGAAGGCUUCAAGGAAGAGGAGGAUUAUGCAUUGUGGUAGAUGUGGAGAAGCUGGUCACAAUGUAA